AUGCCCUCCCCCACGGGCAACGACCUGACAGAGGCACACCAGCUGCCAGCAUUCUACUCGCCACGCGCCACGCCCGCCGACGCGGGCAUCGAGGACCAUGGCGACGUCGCCUCCGCUCCAGUAGACGACCUGUCGCUGUCCCCCGCCGCCGUCGGCACGCCCUCGUCCCAACCCCCGCCGCCGUCGCUCCUGUCGCCGGCAUUCACACCCCCGGCCACCCCCGGCACGCAGACACCUAAGACUCGGGGACCUCGAAGCGUCCCUGUUGACAGCUCCAUACCAUCAGGCGGUUGCGGCUCCAAGAAGCCCCGUUUGCUCGAGAAGCUACCCGAAGUGCAAUGCCUCGUUCGUGCGCGCAUCCCGACCGUCAGUGGCACGGAAAUGUUUCUACACCUCUACACCAACAAUGUCGAUAAUAAGGAGCAUCUUGCCAUUGUUUUUGGCAAGCACAUCCGCAGCAAGAGUUUGGACGCGCCGCGCGAGGGAGAGACGGAGAUGGACCGCAUGAUUCGCGGCGCCUACACAGGCCGCUUGUUUCCCGGCCGCACCACGAGUGGCAUGGCCGCCAGCGAGCCCAACACACCAGUAUCAGAGCCUGCGACAACCAAGGCCGCGGAUCCUCCCUUGGUGCGAAUUCACUCAGAGUGCUAUACGGGCGAGACUGCCUGGUCUGCGCGAUGCGACUGCGGCGAGCAGCUCGACGAGGCCGCCCGGCUGAUGGGCCUCUCCGACAACGAGAGCGGUGGAAUUAUCAUCUACUUGCGACAAGAAGGCCGCGGUAUUGGGUUGGGCGAGAAGCUCAAGGCCUACAACCUGCAGGACCUGGGAUCCGAUACUGUCGAGGCGAACCUGCUCCUCCGCCACCCUGCGGAUGCCAGAAGCUACGGCUUAGCCACGGCUAUGCUGCUCGAUCUCGGACAAGAUAGUGUGCGGCUGCUGACCAAUAACCCUGACAAGAUCCGUGCCGUUGAAGGGCCCAACAGAGAGGUGAUUGUCAAGGAGAGAGUUGCCAUGGUACCACUCUCGUGGCGCGGAAAGGGCGGUUUUCGAAGCGAAGAGGUAGAAGGCUACCUGAAAACAAAGAUCGAACGAAUGGGCCACAUGUUGGACAUGGGAGGCAUGCCACACUAG